GUCUUCAUGGCUACCCCGCCGCCGUCCCAGUUCGCUGCCCUCCUGCGGCGGUCAAAAUUCGCGUCUUUCGACCCCCAGAUUGGCCAGGUCUACACCACAUUCGACGGACACGCUGCGCGCGGCAACUUUGGCUUGAAGCGGCCGCUCGCCAUCCGCCGAAGGAACGCGCACAUCACUGUCCAGGCGAUCGACUCUCGAGAACAGCAGACAGUAUGGCGGAGUGCGGAACAGCAAAAUAGGUGGAUCAGGAUGUGGGAUGAGACAGGGGCGACGCCGACGGAGAUCAAGGCCAAUGGUAUGUGGUCGAUGAGGUUGGGGAAGCUGGGCGAGAUCGAGUUCUCUGUGGACUCGGACUUGGUCCCGCGAGAGGAGGAGACGAAGAAGACCGACCCGGAUGCGGAUGCGGACGUUGACGCAGACCAGGCACGUAUUCCGGUCGACGCGGCCGUGAAGCCACGGAUGAGCCAGGCUACGCGCAACGUCGAGGCCAUGUCGGACAAGGAGUUCAACUGGUACCUCAAGCGCCUCCGGGAGCUCCGUCCUGCUUUCCGUGAAUACUUGGACAAGCACGGGAAAAAGGUGUCUUCGGAGGAGGAGCAGUCUCUCCUCAACCGGUCACUGCAUGCCGCGGGCGACGACUUCAAGGAGUUCCUCGCCCACAAGGCCUACGUCGACUACCACGCUCCUCGACCUCGUCACAUCGAGCAGCUACCCCAUCGCUACGCUGGUCUGAGCUACGCACGCUCUACCCCCUUACAAACCCAGCUCAUCGUCAAGCCCCACGUCGGCCGCAUCCUCUCCAAACAAAACGACAACUCCUCUGUCGUUGCAACGGCGGGUAUGACCGCGAAGCUCACUAUCGGCGACCGCGGAAUCGACACCGCUCCCGCGACUACCUUCCGUUUCAACCAUGUGCGGCUGGACGCUGCGCCUGCCACGGUUGGCGUCACUCCGGAGGGCCUCGAAGGGGUGAAGAUGGUGACAACCGUCCGAAUCGACUCGGACGUCACGCGCGACCUGAGGGCCAAUCCUCAUCCACCGGGCUCGAAGGAGUACGUCGCGCACGUCGACCCUAUCCACCGCACCGCGGGCAUGACCACUACGCCGACUACGGAGCCGAAGAUGGGUAAAGUUAACAGCAAGGAGACGGCCGGCAAGCUGUUGCAGUCUUUGGAAAUUAUCAGAGGGGUGGGCACAUUGGGGCGGUAAGCAAGCCAGGAGUAGGAUGGGGGCUGCAGUUACGGUCUACUAUACUACACGGGCUUGUCAUAGUGUCACCAUUCGUCUUAAUGCUUCAACCACGUUCCCGUCCACCUCGGCGAGAGCCUUUUCCGCCUGGGGCCGCGUAAUUUCGAACUCUUGCACGAGGAGAUCGAUAUCCUCGGCUUUAUACGGGCUAGGCGGAGCCCUCGCAGGUUUGGGGUAGGGUUUGUCGAGGCGAAGGGUACGGAACACUUCCUCCAAUUUGCCCUUGGAGUAGGAGUGUCCGUCAAGAAAGUUUGCGAUGACCUCUGGCUCUGG